AUGGAUGUACAGCCUGGACAUUGCUGGUUUUGUGAGAAACCUCUCCCACAGAGAACUGUGUCUUGCAGCCGAUGCCCUGUUGCUGUCUACUGUGCCUCAUCAUGCCGGGACAGAGACACAGUCAGACACGGUGCUGUCGAGUGUGAAAUAUUUCAGGCAAAGAAGUGCAGCGCUUGUGGCAAACUUGGCAAAACACUUGAGUGUUCAGGAUGCAAUGACGCAUGGUACUGUGAUACAGACUGUCAACUGCAUGGCUGGCCAUUUCACAAAGCAAAAUGUAAGGAAAUUAUGGCUUUUGUCAAACAAGUGUCACUGAAACUGAAUACAUCAAGACAUGGUGAUUUCCCCUUCUAUAUUGGCAAUACCAUGGCUAAAGACUUCCUUCAACUUGAAAACAACGAAUUGUCCACAGAUAGAGUGGACAAGGAAGAGCUGACUAGGGACUAUCAUGUCCUCUCUGCUGGUUGUGGAAAUCUGCGUAACACCGUAUUGACUGCUGCUUCCUUGCCUGAUGAGUACCAGGGAAAACUUUACAUCACCCUCAAUGACUACAACCCUUUUGUCACGGCAAGGAAUGUGCUGUUUCUCUUCAUAUUGGUCCGCUUCGCAGACACUGACUACAUUGCUUCCAGUUUGACAACCAUCUGGUACUCACUCUACAUUUCCAAGAGAGAGUUCGACUUGAUCAAGACAAGCUUGGAUGAACUCAUUCAGAUGAGUGCUCAGCAACUCCACGAUGCCACCAAAGGACUGGUGACUGUCCUGGAUGAAAACCUCAGUUAUCUGAAAUUUGUUUGGGGAAAGUGGCGAGCGUUGCAAUGCCACCGAGACAAAAAAACCUCAAUCAACCUCAAACAACAAAGGAAGGUUCUGUUUGAUAACUGCCACUUUGCUAAGGUAAACCAUCCUCUAUAUCUAAUUCGUAUCAACGAGAAAGAUAGAAAAAUGGUUGAAGAGUGGUUCGAGCACGGGCUAUUUUUCCCCUACGAGGCAAAGGAAAAGAACAUGCCAUUUGGCAACCCAACACUAACUGCCCCAAAAGCCAGUAAAACCAUUGCAGGUGAGGAUGCACGCUUAUUUCUUCUCCUAAACAAUACGCAAGCAGUAUCACAAGAAGAUGCCACAUUUGAAUACUGCAUUCGGCCAGCUAUUAUUCCCUUUGAAGAAUGGGACUGUUUGAGAGUAAGAGAGCACACCCCUGGAUCCCACUCCUCUCCGAUGGUGAUGUACCACAAGUACGUGACAAACCUCCUCCAGAAAGUCAAGAGCCUCAUCCUUCAAGGAAGGCUUCUUAUCCAUGUCUCCUUGGCUGACAGUCUGGACUUUCCUAAUCAUCAUCAAACCUUGAACAUGCCCAACUAUGACCGAAUCUUCACCUCCAACCUUGCUGACUAUGUUGGAUUCGCUAAACUCCUACAGACAUUUAAGCCACUGCUUAAUUCCAGCAACAGCUACUCAGCUAUUGUCACCGAGACUAUGAACUGGUUCGAAGCAGUUCCUGGAUCUAAACCUGCCCCUUAUGAUCUUUCUGACAUCCAGCUUGCGAAAAUAAACUAUUACUGCAGUAAUAGUAUGACAGGAAUACCACAAAUACAACAUACAUGGAUGUAUGACUACUUCAACAACACCUCUCACUUUCUCCAGUAUCUCCGGGCAGAUAUCAUGGCAGGAGGACGUGGCAUACCAGCACUCAAGAAAAUUCCAUCGUUUCAGAAUGUCAAGAAAUACCACGGCAUGGAAAUGCGUGACUUCAGGAAGGGACUGAACAAGCUUGUACCAUUCCAGUACCUGGUUAAUAAACGAGACCUUAAUGUGAAUAACUCAUUGGACAGAGCAGUAGAGUGGUGCCUGCCAAAAAGUUAGACAAAAUACCUUACCGGUAAAAAAGAUGUGAUACCUUUCAGCAUCUACAUAUGCUGUCCAUACAAUGUGCACGUGUGUGGCAGAACAAAAUAUGCUGUUUUGUGAAAUA